ACUCCAGUUCAUUUUGGAAAAACUUUACUUCAAAAUGACAGCCAAAGUGUUGUGGCUCCUCUGCUUUGCCAUUAGAUCAUCUUGCAGCUCGGUGGCUGGAUCCCUGCUCUAUGCUGAGAAACCCACUCAGCCCCUCAGCAAAGAUGCUUACAGCUCAGCAAAUGCUGCACCUGGCCCAGUCAAGCUGCCAGCCUGGGGCACCAGCAACACCAGAGAGAACCACACUGAACGCUGGCGGCUGCUGCCUGCCAACCUGCCAUGGCCAGGACCUCCUGAGAUCAUCUCCCGCUCGGCAGACAAAAAGAAACGCACCAAAGCUCUAGAAAACAGCACGGGGCUGAGAAAACAGCUCCUGCAGUAUGGGGGGGGGCUGCCUCUGGAGAGCCCAGCUGAGAGGCCUUCUCCUGCCCCCUCUGACUUCACCCAGGCAAACAGAAAGCAGGCAGACAGACAGCUGGCGGAGGCUGCCAACAGCGUGUCGGCUCACUUCUACCAUGCAGCACCUUCCUCCCAAAAAGUGACAUCCUUAGUGGAGACUCUUCCAGACUCUGGAGCAGCUGAGUUGAAUGAUCCUAACUUGCUGGAUCACUUCAACCGAGCAGGCAAGACAAUCUACAAACAUACUGAUCCCUUGAAAGGGAUCAGGAAACCCUCCUGGGUGACCAACCGCCAGCCAUCCACCUUGUCCUACCACUUCAGUGCACUGAAGAAAGAUGCUGAUAAGGAGAAGACAUGCCUGAGUGAGUGCAGGAAGGAGAGAGACGAGGUGGAGGCCUACUGCAGCAGUGAAUUUGCAGUGAAUGGAAUUGUUUACAGCGUGGAAAGCCUGGGGAACGGAGUCCACUUGGUUACACUGCUGGUGAACAGCGAUGGAGUGUACAAACUGAGUCGCCUCUACACUGCCCCUGAUGGCUUCUUCUUUCGAGUUCACAUUCUGGUUGUGGAUACUUUCAACUGCAGUAAACCCUGUCCAGACUUCAAACUUGGCAGUAGGUACAUUGUGAUGGGUCAGAUCUACCACAAGAGACGACAGAUCCCUGCCAACCUGCUGCAGUUCCUGCGCGGGCGCCUGAGGCCCGGGGAUGGUUUGCUGCGAAGCAGCAGCAGCUACGUGAAGAGAUUCAACAGGAAGAGGAACCGCAAAGUGCAGGCAGCACACACCAAGUGUAGGUAAAGCUCCAGUAACCUCCACCUGGGACGCAGGCAGCAGCAUUCACCUACCAGAACAGGCCUGGCCAUGAUUCAGCAACAGCAGAAGGUAAUUCUCUUCACCUCUGGAGCUGGUGAUGAUGCUUUGUGCAACAGUGACUGGACAUCUUGCCUAUCACCAACAGAUUGUGAAGCUCAGCACAAGAGUCAGUGCUGCCCUUCAUCAGCACUCUGAAGGAAACAAGAAACAUCACCUGGCUGUGGAUCUGCUCCAGUCAGUUCCAGAGCCACAGGUUAUCACUGCCCCUCUGCUGUAACAUGCUCCCAUAAUCUGUAGUAACUGUAAACUCUGCGAGUGAUGCUUUAGGUACACAGGAACUAACGGCACUUUGAACCUUUAGAACAGACACUGCAGAUAAUAGAGUGUGACCACUACUUUCACACAGCUCUGCCUUCAAGGACAUCACUGGACUCAAACCAACGAACCCAAGGUAUCAUGUGUAUGGUUUUGGUAUCCUCAGGGACAUCCCUACUGUUAAACAGGUCACUGUUCUUUGUUCAGAGCUGACUUUUCACAUAAGGCAUACAGACCAGCUGGGCAUGUGAACAGACUGGCAGCAAGUGGAGGCACUGGUCUACUCAGCAUCACCUGGCACGCUGGGGGAGGGUCUGAGGGAUGCACAAGCAGCACACAAUCACAACCACAUUCUGUGUGCCUGCUUGCAUAGUCAGCUCCUUAAAAGCUCAGUCUGAGAACCAUGUCAUUUUCCCUUGAGAAGUGUCACCAACUUUGUUCUCGCACAUCAGUAAAGUUACUUUUGGAACUGAGGAUGCAAUCUCCUAGUACCUUUAAUGUGGUGGGAGAGUAGAAGCUGUGAAAUGGCUGCAAAAGGGAUCCUGAUGCUGGCAAUUCCAGGAGUAGGAAUCUUAACCUAAUAAAUUGUUCUUGGGGUUCUGGCUUCACCAUCUCCAGGGUUCUGUAAGAUCCAAGAGGCUUUUGUAACAAGGACAUCUUGUCUGAGAAGUCAUCUGGGAAUUCUAAGAUGUUUAUUUAGAUAAAAAACAGG